CACAUGACAACACUAACGUGGAACUGCCAUAAACAACGCAAAGCCGGAAAAUGAUUAAAUAACACAUCUCAACCAAAACCAAACUACCAACUGCGAAUAACACAGCACAGGCACGCAAAAAGAAAUCGGAGGAAUCCGUGAUCGGGGGAAAGACAAUGACUACGUCAGCCAUAUCAUCCACCGCCGCUGCUGCUGUAAACACCACACAAGAUGAUCUUGUUUUUCUCGACGAACAAGAAACAGACAGUCUGUCUUAUUGGGAAUUUAUUAACCCAUCUGAUGCCGAUUCCGAUACAGAAUCUCUACAUAGUCUCGAAAAUGGCUUUGUUUCGUGGUAUGCCUUAUCUGCCCCUCCAUCGUUAAAAUCUAAAAUUCCGAAUCAGGAAAUUGAGACCCAAGAGGCAAUUCAAGACCAAGAUCUUGUAGAUGAUGUGAAUUGUUGCGAUGAUAAUGUCAAUUAUUAUCAAGGUAGUGUAGGGCCUAUAAUUUUCCCUGUUGUGGGUUAUGGGAUUGAGGAAGACGAGGAGAAAGAAGAGGAAGAGGAAGACGAAGAGGAAGAGGAAGAUGGGUAUGGGCUGGAUGAUGAGCUUGUGCCAUGGCAAGUGAGUGGGAAAUUAGGGAGACAGAGGAUGAGGAAAUUGGGGAAGAGGGUUUUUGCUAAAAUGGCAAAUUCAAAGAGGAAUCCUUAUUCUUUUGUGAAACCAGGGUGUGUUCGUGGUAAGCACGGUCUGGGAAUCAUGGCAUGAAGAAAAAGGAGAAGAAGGAGCUUUGUUUGAAGGUAAUGUGGGGAAAAUCUGGUAUUGAAAUAAGGUUUUCUCCAUUAAUAUAUUUUAUCUUUUGUGGUGGUUUAGGUGUAAUUAUUGGAAUUUGAAUAGGCUUAAUUCAAGGUUUUUAGGUUAUGUUGAUUGGAUGACUUGACAGUGGAUGUUAUCAAAUGACUUAUUUUAUCUCAAUGUCCAUAGAUUUUAACCCAAUGAUCCAUUUGAUUUCUUUGUGCCUUUGAUUGGAUUUACUAUUGAUUUGAUAGUUGGGUUUA